AAAAAGUCCCACACCACACCACGCCUCCGUCUCUCUCUGUGUCUCUCUCUCUCUCUCUCCCUUCUUCCCUCCCUUUCUCUCUUUACUUCCUUAAUCCUUCCUCUCUCCCUCCGUAAUAGAUGAUGAACUCACCCCCUCCCUUUAAACGCCGUAACGUACUCCUACCAUAAACGGCGUUAUUUCCAACAAGGUCGUCUAUUUAAGCCACGUGUCUUCAAAAAAUCGAAUUUUCUUUUUCAUUUUUUUUGGGUGGGUUUUUGUGAAUCUGCAAUGGCUUUGGAGCGGCAAUUAAUAAGCCUCGCUCAAAAUGGCGCUGACGGCGAGGUAGACGGCGUUAGUAACGGCGUUGAGACCAGGCCAGCGUCCGUUGACGGCGACAAAACGCCGAGACUCCCCCGUUGGACGAGGCAGGAGAUUUUGGUGCUUAUACAGGGAAAACGGGUCGCGGAGACCCGGGCAAGGAGGGGUAGGACUGCCGGAUUGCCUUUCGGGUCGGGCCAGGUGGAGCCGAAGUGGGCCUCGGUCUCUUCUUACUGUAAGCGGCAUGGGGUGAACCGGGGACCGGUCCAGUGCCGAAAAAGGUGGAGUAACCUGGCCGGAGACUACAAGAAGAUCAAAGAAUGGGAGUCUCAGGUGAAGGAAGAAACGGAGUCGUUUUGGGUGAUGAGGAAUGAUUUGAGGAGGGAGAGGAAGCUGCCAGGGUUUUUUGACAAAGAGGUUUAUGACAUAUUGGACUCCGGGUCGGGUGUGGUUCCGGAAAAUCCGGGUCUAGCUUUGGCUCUUGCUCCUGCUCCGGCCCCAGGCCCUACGGAGGACGUGGAUGAGGGAGGCGGCUUGUUUGAUAGUCGGCGAAGCGCCGUGGCGGAUGAAGGGUUGUUCUCGGAUUUCGAGCAUGAGGAGGAUUCGGGUCAGAGCCCCGAGAAGGUGAAGGAGGUUCCGGUUCCUGCUCCUAUGCCAAUUUCUGAGAAGCAGUACCAACCAGUACUACCAGGCUCUCAAGGUCAAGGAACCACCACAAAUGAGAAACAGCCUGCCUCGAAUCCUGAGAUAGGUUCUACUUCUCAAGAGGGACGGAAGCGGAAAAGGUUUGCAACAGAAGAAGAUGAGGAAACAAUUAGUCUGCAUAAUCAGCUGGUUGACAUACUGGAGAGGAAUGGAAAAAUGCUGGCUUCUCAACUUGAAGCUCAGAAUGCAAAUUUCCAACUGGAUCGGGAACAGCGGAAAGGUGAUGUUAAUAGCUUGGUUGGUGUUCUCAGUAAGCUUGCAGAUGCUUUAGCAAGAAUUGCAGACAAGUUGUAGCGAAAGGAGAACCUGUAAACGCUGUGUACAUAAUGAUAGUUACUCUCCAACACACCCAUAGAUAAUAGCGGAGGCAGAUCGAAGAGACCGAUCCUAAGAUUUCUAGAUGACAUUCAAAUAUAUUUUUCUUGAUUCUUCUUUUCUUUCUUUAUAAAUCUUUUCUUAUGUGCCACUUUUUGUGGGCUAUUACUGCAUUACAGAUCCUUCCAUUCAAAGGCAUUGAUUAGAGAAAACUUCCGAGUUCACCCACCACAUUUCUGCUUCGUUUCUGUAAUAUAGCUCCAGUUUUAUAUGGAUAUAGAGUUUAUUGAUCUUUCAGUGGUUGUAGA